AUGAAUUCAUCAGUGAAUUGUUUCACAGUUAUGUGGACUAAAUAUGCAGUUGUAAAGUUUAGACAAUCAUCUUCAAGGAAAUAUCAUAACUAUCCAAAAAAGAUGCUGUUUCAAAUCGUUUUAUUCAGUCUAUUACUGAUGUCUCACACGUCAAUAGUGACAUCAGCAAGCCUGCUGCAAUGUCGAUGUUGCCAAUAUAGUGGUGCACUACAGUCCAACGCUUUAGGAACAUGCCGAUGUGUUCCUGAAAACGUCGGAUCACCGUUCCGGUACGAUGGUUCAACUGUCCGACCCUAUGCUCAAGUAUGUCGCUUGAAAUAUCGUCCAUACUAUGACCCUUUUAGACCAAAUUUAUGCUGUCAAUUAUUCUUGGUUUAA